AUUACCCUAAUCAAAACGGUACAUCAAUGUGAAAUGCUGAACCAUAAAAAUGGUUUCAUGCAUGUAUAAGAAUAUUACAACAACGAGCCCAAACGGCUAACAAACAAUCGACAAUACAAACUUGGCACACAGGCCGUACAAAAUAAACAUUCAGAAACAAAUCAACAGUGUAAUCCAGCAUGUCCAAGCUCUUGUGGAAUCCACUUCCAGCUUCCAGUACCCUACACCAUCACGGCAAUAGUACGGUAGGCAAAGCAAGAGCAAGGAGGGAGUAUAUAUCGGUGGCACAAUCAAGUCCAACCAUACGUACUCCCUCUCGAGGAUCAGGUAUCGCAAACAUUCACACAGGUGAUCCACAAAGCUUCUUCAAAAAUCGGUCCAAAAGUUCUUCAUCCAUGGUUGCAUCCAACAGAAGCAAGAGUUAUGUUAUCCUUGCCAUAGAUACCACCGGCAUGCCAAGGGCCACGCCCCGAGUACCAGAAGUUGUCCACCAUUGUCGAGGAGGACAACUUAACUCCAAAGUGACCCCACCCUGCCAUACACACCCCUCCCCUAGGUCUACGGCCAGAGUGCCCCCUAGGUAUUUGGCAAGCAUCCUCAUACAGACGAGGCACAAGUUCACUAGGUUAUCCCACAAGCCUUCAUCUACUAUUGCCCUCGGUUGUUCAGAAACAAUACAUAGAUAGGCGGGAAACCAGCAAAAACGACCUCCGAAACCCGAGAAAGAAGCCCAGUUAGCCAGAAGCUCACUUCAUAGCCAAGAUAGUCCCGGUUCUUCCAACAACCCCAACCGAAAGGGUCAAGAAGAGCACCGGGCAGCCUGCCAGCAAGACCAAAAGGCAAUAACAAACAUAGAACCCAGCUCCAAAUCAAAUGGUAUUACCUCCCAAAUGAGGCAAAGACCAGGGGCAACGGGAAACCUUCAAUUGCCCAAGAACCACCACAAAACCAUUCCAGCGCAAUUCCAAAAUCAGCCCAUAAUCAAGAGCAAAAUACAAAGCAAAUAAACACACCAAGGCAGCCCAAGCAAUAGGAAACGAAACCGAGACCAAAACCAGGGACCUAAGCAUGCGCCAAGACUUGGCUCCAUCUUCCCUUCGGCCUUCCAACCCAAAGCAAACAGCAAGACCAAACUUUCUGCCAGGAAAUGCAGCUACACGCACACUCCAGGUAAUGUCUUCUUGCGGCAGACCUCUCUUCAAGAGGAGGUGAGAACCUGACCCCUAGGUCAUGCGCAAAGAAUCCAAAACAGCAGCAGCAAGAGCAACAUUUCACAGGGUAUGGUCUUCCAUAAAAUCAGUUCACCAUGGUUCCACAAUCCAGCCCACUGUCCACAUCAAAUGGCAGGCCACAGGGGCACAAAUGGCCCUUUCCAGUCCCGAACAGCUGCAGUGAGCAUCAAGCCAUUGUCCAGCCAGAAGAAAUGGCAAAUGGUGUACCAAACUUCGUGGCGUUGCCCAUAUUUCCUCCCCACAUCACAGCAAAAACACCAAUCCCAGGCGAACAGGCCAUGGACAAAGCAGCAGCAACAAAAAAGCCAGCAGCAACGAACAAAACCAGUACCAUUCAUAAUUCAAGAAUCAAAACAAGCAUGUUUACAAGGCCAUUAAGAAUUCAACAUAAAGAAGUUCUCAACAUCCGUAUGAGAACCCACAAAACUAUACCCAAAAUCAGUCACAAACCAGAGAUUACUCCAAUGUCGCAAACAACAACAACCCAGUUGAUUCUCACUACAGUAGGGUCUGGAAUGUCGCAAAAUGAACAGUAAACUCGUAAUCACCCAGUCCAGAAAUCAUAUGCAAAAUCAUACAGCUAUAGAAUCCACCUUCAUACCUUGAAAGGGGGAUACAAAUCGCCCAAAAAUUCAGAUUCUUAGCCAUCAAAAGUUCCUGGUUUGACAUGAAUCAACAAUCCAAGAUUGCAAGUGAACAGUAGCCGCGCAGGCGUUGACCUUCAUUUCUUCAAAAUUCAUCCCCAAAAACAGCAAUAAAACCUGUAUAAAGGAUUCACCCGCUGUAGGCAAGCCCAGAGUUCCAAAAAUCCGUUGAAUCGAACUCAAAAUGACGGAGUAAUCGGCAACAACAGCCUCGCGGCACUGUUCAUUGCAGGUCCUAUAGAGAGAAACUAGGCAUAAGGAAACUUCCUGGUAGCUUUCAUAAUUUCAAAUGAGGUUACAUUAUCAUCAUUGUUUUUUUUAAACGUUCUAACACAUGCCCCAUGAGGUAGUGGACAAUCUUUUUGGUCGUCUUGGCAAACAAAUGAAUUUUGUAGGGGCAUUAUUCUCACUGAUCACAAUAUACCUUAGAACCUUUUGAUGACAUACAUGGCAGGAAGUAGCUCUGAUAGGUGUGGAUAGCCUUGGUAUUGAUCUGAGAGUAUGCUCAGGAACUCAAGUCCAAACAUUACGCUUUCCCUUUAAAAAACGAGUAUGGGUGCUUUAACUCACUAUCACUGUACCUUCAAGAAUACCACAUUUUUUCUCUGACAGAUUUCUCAAACUUUGAUAGUGAAAUGUGAUGUUUUUACAGGCCUCCUCAGAGUAUAGUGCCGAGAGACAAUUGAACAAUAUAUUGUUCCCAAGGCUCCCAAAGUUGCAACAGAGGAAAAAAGCUCAGCAAGCCGAAUCUUAGUUGAUCAAGUUGUCAACUUUAUGUCCUUGGCUGUGAGGAUAUUGCACAUUAUAGAAUCAAGGUGCUUUACUCUGUUCCAUCAUUUUUUCUCCCUGCAUACUCCCUUCGUCCGUAAAUAUUCACAACAUUUACUUUUUCAGCAGUCGCAGGAACUUUUGUUUAUUUUGACAUUUUCAUUGGUUAUUUUAUAAAAUAAAAUAUUCUUGACAAUUCUUAUUUCGAAGAACUUUUCAUGUAGUUUUUUUAUAUGUAAAUUUUAUUUUUUGUUUCUAUACCAAUAUGUAAAUAAAAUGAAUUGAAAAAACUCGAUAUUUUGUUUCGGGAAUACAAAUGUGGCAAAUAAUUUGGGACGGAGGGAGUAUAUAACUCUUGCUGAUAAGUACUGGCAAUACAGAAUUGCAGAUCCGCUCAACGAACCUUAUAACAUAUGCUAAUUUGUAUUAAUAUUAGAUGACGUCGCCCCAAUUCUUGUUUGGCAAUUUCUUUGUCAAAUCAGUUUGCAAAAAAAAAAACAGCUGCAUGCGGUUAUUAACUGCUUGAUAAAACUACUUCUAUAGAUUUGGGCCUUUGGCAUUAACUAUUUAACUUCGGCGUUUAUCAUUUGUGUUUUGAAAAAUGCUAUUCUUCGAUAGCUUUUAGCUUUGACAUUUUUAAAAUUAACUUGCACGAUAAAAAAUCAUCCAAAUUGUUAAUCACAAAUAUUGUUCUCAAACAAAGCAAUGAAACAAAAACGAUUAAUUAAGGAUUGGUCAUCCUUCAGUAAAAUGUGCAGUACAAAGGGUGGUGGUGACUGGUGUGGGGGAGAUGGGUAAGAGGAGGUAGAAGGAGGUAACGUUACCGCUGAAUAGUGAAAAAUGGGUUACUGCUGAAUCGGCUGUCAAAGGAGGUAGAACUUUUCUUUUCCGCUUUGCCCUUCUCCUUUGUCGCACACUCGCACCUCUUCUUCAACUGAUUCAACCCUUUGCUACCCCCUUCUUCAUCUCUAGCGCUGCAAACCAAAUAUCAUGGCCCCUUUUACCGGAUCUCCGGAGCUGUGAAGAUGGCGGCGAUGUCAUCCCAGCUUCAAUUCUCCGCUAUUGCCGGCCUGAAUCAGAUCCAGAGUCGUCAUUUGACCUCUCCAUGCCGACGUCUUUUUUCCGAUGGUCAUGGAUCUUUGUUUUC